UUAUGUACACAUUUUUUUUUUUUACAGACUUGCCCUUUAAUUUGCACUAAAAAUACAUGAUAAUUGACAUGAGCAGAUACGCCAUAAAGACUAAAAAAAUCAAAAAAUAAAAAAUGAAGUUGUAUUUGUAGUAAUUUUAGGCCGUUUCAGCCAACCAUGCUGUUUUACCGUAAAGCCACAAGUAGACGCGCAAAAAAAACCCGGUGGCGGCUGGCUUCCCAGAUGACGGCUCACUUUACUGCAGUAAGGUGUGAGGCAGCCCAUGUGAUACCUGUAAAUAAACAGUACUACCAUUGUUUUAUAAUGAAAUAACAUAUGUAGAAAACUUUUUUAUUUCCCUCCGUGUGACUGCAGGAUGAGACCUGGUGAUUGAAAACGGGAAGUACUGUUUGAUUUCCUCUAAAUCUAAAUAUAACGUUACUGCCAUGACUAAACACUGACGUACUGUUCUUCAAGGUGGGUUGAAACAUGUCGAAUUAAAACUCUGCUGCGACCCUGAACACCACAUAUGAAUAAUAACGUUGAGUUAAUAACGAAACCAAACUACAAGUAAAACCACUUUAAAUAAACUACAUUUCACGUAAAGUUUACGUUUUGUUUAGCAGCUUCCUGUUAGCUUUAGCAAAACCAGGUUAGCUUAGCUAGCUAGCUGGUAGCUAACAAUACUAGUUCGACCUUGAAUUAAGUCAAUACGAUCAAAUAUUGUUCAAAGCUGUCAGUAUUUAACCCGGUUAGUGCUUAAUUAUAUAUUAUAAUAAAGAAUAAUCAUGAAAAUUUGGCUGAAACGAUAAAAGCGCUUCAACCCUUCAUCUUCAUCAUGUCUUGAGAUAAACACGGAGACUUACGUUCUGAGCCCUUCAGAAUAAAAUUGGUCCAAAAAUGUAUUUAAUUGUUAAUUUGUUUGGAUGGAUAGAUAGACAGACAGAGACAUAGAUAUAUGAGUUGAUAUGUUAAGUUGUUCUUCUAUAAUGAUGAAAACAAAAUAUAUCAUUAUUACUUUUACAUUUGACUGUCGUUAUCGAAAAUAGAUUGUCAACAUUUUGUGUUGAAACUUCAUAAGUUUCAAUAAAACUUUACAUAUAUUCCUGAAUAAUUCUAUAAAGAAACUUUAAGUGUCAGAACAUUGAGUGAACGGAGGCCUGGUCUCUCGAGAACCUGAAAGAGUUUGACCUGGUUAUAAAAUGACAUUAGUUUUUUCUUACGUGUUGAAAUCGCAAGGAGCCAAGGGCCUGGUAUAACAAAUUUUAUGUGAAGCAUGUGUGACCACUUUGUGCACAUCGUGUAAUUAUUGUACAGAUUGUGUAGCCUGCUGGAAAUGUUUGGAAAAGAAGGUAAAUGCUUGAAUAUUUACUGUGAACAUGGCUUCAAAAAUCCAUCCAUUCUUGUUAAAACCUCUUGUUAAACUAAAGUGUCCCGGUCUGCAGAUUUGAAUCUCUAUCAAACUUUAUAUGAGGACGGCUUUUCUCUGCUUCUCUUUAUUUCUAAUGAACUGUUUAUGAAAGUCAACAAACACUGUCUGAUAAACAGCCCUGUAGUAAAUCCUCCCCUCAUGAAGGUUGUGAUGUUGUGUUGAUUCAAAUGUAAGUUUCAAUGUUAUUUUGUUUCGUAAGAAGAAAAGUUGGCGCUCUAAAUAGUGUCAGCUGUUAUGUCUCGAAGAACAGGAAAUGGAUGGAUCCCCACCUUUUCCUUUUCCGUGAACAUGUGUAUUGUUCAGUGAAUUAAUAAUAACAUAUAUGCUAAAGAUUAUAAUUGUAAUGCUUUGAGCAAUAGUAAAAAAAAAAUGUAUCUUCGGUUGAGCCUAAUCAAGAUAAUAACAUCUUACAAAUUCCCCCUCAGAUCUAAACCCGGCCUAAGGCUGUCAUCAAUUUAACCACAGAUUUAUCAGUCGUUUCAAAAGUUUGUUUAUGGUCAAAAACAGGAUGUGAUGUAAAGAUAAUAAAUCCCCUUCUAACCCAGUUUGUACAAAAUGAACCCAAACUGAGACGUCUCAUUUUCACUUAUAGUUGUCUGUAAAAAACACUUUUCACAGUUUAUGUGUCACAAAAAAAAAAAAAAAAGAGCUUGGUUUAGAAUUUCAGGCUUGAAAAAUUCAACAAAGUCACAGCCACAUAGUGUAGUUAUCAUACAGAUUGUGUAGUCUGCUGGAAAUGUUGGGAAAUGUCCCGGUCUGCAGCUUUUAAUCUCUAUCAAACUUUAUGUAAGGAUGGCUUUUCUCAGCUUUCUCUUUAUUUCUAAUGAACUGUUUAUGAAAGUCAACAAACACUGUCUGAUAAACAGCCCUGUAGUAAAUCCUCCCCUCAUGAAGGUUGUGAUGAUUCAAAUGUAAGAUCCUUCAGGAGGCUGCAGUUUGUGGUGCUGUCAAACUUCAAGGGGAAGUAUUUAAACCUCACUCUCUAAAGCAGAUUCAUAAUAAUCUAAACACAUGUCCAAACAAGGCAACACAUUCAUGAUAAUUCAGUAUAUCACUGUAACAUUGCCAUUGCAUGAAAUAAGGUGAAACUCAUUUCAUGCAAUGGUUUCCUGCUCCUUUCGUCAUACAGUGCGUCAUACAGGCUUCUUAAGAAAAUCAAGAAGCCUGAGCAAAGAGCUGCAUGGUCUACACAACGCAGAGAGCAGCAGCACAACAAUCUCAGGUGUUGCUUUCUACAUUUGGAGAACAGACUCUCAACAACUAGAUAGAGGACGGUGUGUGAGGCAGCAGUGUGAAUUAAAUCCAACCCACACGUUCAUUUGACUUCAUUCACAGACACAUACAAACAAAACAACCCCUCCAGCAAUCGUUCAUCAUGAACGUGACGGACACCAGCUGCAGCCCCGACUCCGCAGAGUAUCAGUACUCCCUCUUCCCAGUGAUCUACAUCCUGGCGUUAGUCGUGGGUCUACCUGGAAAUCUGGCUGCUCUCUUCGUCUUCACCUUCAAGAUCACCCCUCGCACAGCCUUCAGCGUGUUCAUCAGCAACCUGGCCCUGGUGGACAUCCUCAUCCUCUGCACUCUGCCCUUCAGGAUCCACUACCACCUCAACAGAAACAACUGGGUGUUUGGGGACAUCGCCUGCCGCAUCACUGGGGUCCUGUUCUACUCCAACAUCUACAUGAGCAUCUGUUUAAUGACUUGUAUCUGUGUGGACCGCUACAUGGCCACGGUGCAUCCUCACGCCUACCAGAGGCAGCGGAGGCCCUGGCGCUCUCUGGCCGUGUGCGUGGCGCUCUGGUGCGUUGCUGGUGUGUUGAUGCUGGUCUUCGUCCUCUUGGGGCCUCUGAAAACAAACGUCAACCAAUCAGGAGGCCGCAGUUGUUUCGAGAACUUAUCCAAGCACGAGUGGGACACGCGUCUGGCGGUGUACAGCCUUUUGGUCCUGAUCUUCGGCUCCCUGCUGCCCUCCGUGAUCAUGCUGGUGUGUUACCCGCUGGUUGUGAGGCGCAUCUCCAUGAUCAGGACUAACACAGCCCAAAGAGCCGUAAGGGUCAUUCACACCAUCCUGGCCAUCACGCUGCUCUGCUUCCUGCCCAACCACGUUGCAAACCUGCUGCACCUCCUGCGACGCAUGGAUGUCAUCAAGAGCUGCACCGCCGCCAACCGCAUCUACGACGCCAAGCGGGUCACCACGGCCCUUGUCACCCUCAACACGUGCCUGGACCCCGUGCUGUACUAUUUUACCACCGGCCACUUCAAAUGGAGGCUCUUGAAGAUGACAUGGCUGUGUGGACGAGUGGAGAGUAGCAGAGAUGUUAGUACGAUUGCAGUGGACCUAGAGAACUGAACCUGUAGAUAUAUAACAAAUAUAACUCUGCUUCCUUGUAUAUAUAUGGAACUGGAGACUUUUCUAUAAAAGUGUUAUUAAAAUUUACAUCCAUCAAAAUAAAGGGAAAGAUCGAAAACAUGCUUUUCUUUAUCUUGUGCAGUUUUGUCUCGUAAUGAGUCUUCAGCAAGCAGACGUUAAGAAUCUAUAUUUCUCAUGUUAAAUCAAUGUUAUUUUAUAUAUUUUAAACUUAAAACAGAAGAAGUAGACCUGUGCAAAGAUUUAGGAAUUUGAACAAGUUAUUGUAUUUCUUUUUAAAUUCAUCAAAUAAAA